UGUCAUAAUAUUAACACCAAAAAAGAAAAAUUACUCAUUUUUCUCUCAGCUUUUGUUCAUUUCCCACAAACAUAUACUUUCAAGACUCACAUCAACAAAUCUCGGAAAAUCUUCGGAAAAAUCUUAUUUAUUUAUUGAUAAAAAUGGCAUUGGGGAAGAAAAGAAUCGUUACCCAGAAGCCGAAUUUGAGGCAACGUCGUGAUGUGGAUAAUGGAGGAUUAGGGUUAGGGUUAGAGUUUGUACAGUACAAGAGAGGAUUUGGGAGAAAGAGGAUUCUCAUUUCAUCUGGUGAUGAGAUGGAGGAUUCGAUUUUCACUUCACCUGUUGGAAAAAAGCUCUGCGAUGACAAAACUACUUCGGUUGCAGAGGGUCAGAGUCGAGAGCUUGAAGAUCUUCCCCUAGAUAUUCUGGUGAGGAUUAUCUGUGGGGUCGAGCAUGAAGACUUGAAACAAUUGUUUCAUGUUUCAAAGACAAUAAGAGAAGCUACAAUGAUAGCAAAGCAGUCACAUUUCGCGUAUAGUACACCUCGGAAAACCUCGGUUUUCCACCAUGGCAGAUUUGGUUGGGAUAAACCGUUUGAUGUAGAGGAUGAUGAUGAAGAGAUUGAAGCUCCGGGAGCUCCGUUGCAGAAAAGGUACCGUCUUUCGAGGAUAAACCGCAACAAGGACGAUUCCGGAGUCUCAGUGGCUCUAUUCCACUGAAUCAAACAACUUGGUUUCUUCAAGAUUCUUAAUUGAAGAGGAGGGGUUUUUAGUUAUGUUUUUUUUUGGGUUUUGGUUUGGAUAGGUCUCUGUAAAUUGUUGUUAGAUACAAAAAGAGAGAUAGGGUUUUGGAAAGGCUAGCUUCUUUAGAAGGUCACAAACAAACUCUAUGGGAGGGUUAUAGAUCUUUUUGUAUGUUGUGUAGUGUGAAUAUAGUUUAUUUGGUUUUUACAAAGUGGAUUAAUAAUAAGAGAUGCAUAUUUAUUUCAUUAGUUUUUA